GUUGAAGAUGUGGCAAGACAGUUGUAGCUUCAUUUUCUGUCAUUGUCUCCUUUGCAUAUCUGUCCUCUUUAAUGAUCAUCACCUAUAAAAGUAUAUGUAUAAAUAAAGCCCCUCAACUCUAACUCCAAAAACUUUAUAUUCUUUCUCUGCAAAUAUGGCUGUUUUUGUGGGAAGGCCAUUGGUUGAAGCAGUGGAACACAAUGGAGAAGAUUUCAGUGAUCACCAAGAGGCUAGCGGAUGUGGGUAUGGGUGCUUUCAUGUUUUAGGGGUUAGAUGGUGGCAAGGCCAUGAGGAAGGUAAAGGCCUACUAGAGCAAAAGGAAGACUUGUGGUGGAGCUGCAAGUUGAGGAAGAUAAAGGAGGUUUCAGAAGUGAUUGCAGGUCCUAAGUGGAAGACAUUCAUUAGAAAGAUUAGCGGGUAUGUCAAGAAGCAGCAGAAGAAUAGGUUCCAAUAUGAUGAACAAAGUUAUGCUCUCAACUUCAGUAGUGGGGCUCAAAGUGAAGAUGAUGGCUUGCCACACAGUUUCUCUGUUAGGUUUAGUGCUCCUUUUCCCUCUGGACGUCGCCAAACUGAACUAUGAUUCAUGCAUAUUGAUUAUUCAGAGAUUCGCAGGCAGCUGAGUAGCAAAUUGUUAUUUGAUCCAAGUCUCAAUAUAUUUCUUUUUGGUAGGCCUCUUUGAUCGAGGACCCUUUUUUUGUAACGUCUGUUGAGUCUAUGUAAAUUGCAGCUAUUUUGGAGUUUAGAAGUUUUUGGAAAGUGUAUUAAACGAUUAAAUUAUGUUCUUUGAAUUGUGACUGAA